AGUAGCUAGCAGUGCUAAUGCUAAUGGGGCUACAAGUUGAGAGCGACCAAAACAAACGAUGACGGCCGAGCAGAGGAGCCGAAACAAGCUCGGAUUAAGCAUGGGGAUGCUUUAGCUUUGAUAACGGUAGUAGAGUUCAUGAUACGGUAUUAUAAAUACCUGUAUUUAAAUGCCAACUGGCCAGUUAUUGAUCUGUAACUGUACCUGGGAUCGAUACUGUCCAUGUACACUACAGCUAUGCUAACUAGCUGAGGGGUAGCUAGCUGUCAACAAAGCUUUUCUGCACAGGGACAACAGUUGAAAUUGCAAAACAUUGUUUGCACCAGGUUGCUAAAUGCAGUUAAAGUGACUGUGCUUUGAGUGUUUUGUGUGUUGACACCAAAUUCCCUUUAAAAAUCGGUGUAAUCUCUGGGUUUGGUGAUAGCUAGCUAGCCUGACAGUCAAAAAUGAGUUGGUUCAACGCAUCUCACCUGUCCAGCUUCGCUAAACAAGCUUUAACAACAGCUCAGAAGUCCAUAGACCGAGUUCUGGAUAUCAAAGAAGAGGACCAAUGGGGAGACACGGUUGUGCUGCCCUUUGAUGAUGUCACAAUACCUGGAAAGCUGUCAUUGAGUGGAGGAUGGGGAAUGACGCAGUGGGAAGCACCCAAUGAAGAAAGGUCCACCACUCCUCCUCCUUCCUCUGAGGCCAUCACUACACCUGUCACCCGCACAGUUGUGGACGAAUCCGAAAACUUUUUCAGUGCCUUUCUGCCACCUGGAGACGUACAACAAGGUUUCACCAACACCCAGGUCCAGGUCGUGUCUGUACCCCCUAUUAAGUCUCAGAGGCGGCUUCAGGAGAAGGAAAUGAAAAACAGAGAGGCACAAAAUGAAGUGGAGACUCAAAUGUCAGCACCUGCUGAUGAGAGUCAGGAGACAGAUGAUGAGAGCGAGCCUGUUGAGCUUGAGUCCUCACCAGCAGAACCUUAUGCAGUAACUAUCCUCCUGCAGCCAGUUUCUCCUCCGUCUUCUCCUUCCAGCGAUCUUCCUUGUGAUCCUGACAGCAAAACGAGCAGUGCAAAAACAGAUGUUGGCUCUACAGUCCCUGUUGACUCAGAAACAGAGCAGUCACAGACUCCGUCAGAUCACCAGGUUGAGCAGGAUGCCACAGAUUCAUCUGAACCUGCUGCUGUCACUUCUGAACCUAAGUGCUGUACACCUUCUGAUCCUUCGCCCUCGCCGCCCUCUAAGGAAGCACUCAUAGAGCAUAAAGACUCAAAGGGGGAGGACCGUCAAAAUGACACCCCGUCUCCUCCAGUCAGCGCUUUCUCCUCAGGAACCUCCACCACCAGUGACAUUGAAGUGCUUGACCACGAGUCUGUGUUGAGUGAGAGCUCAGCCAGCUCCAGACAAGAAACAGGGGAGGGCAAGGCUGGCCUUCACCUAAUGCAGGGCUCCUUCCAGCUUCUCACUGCCUCCACCUGUGGAGAUUUCCCCCGUCUGGAGGACUAUUCCAAGCUCACGGAGAGCUGUGGCUCAUCCUCGGAUGCAUUUGAACGCAUAGAUUCAUUCAGCGUGCAGUCGUUGGAUAGCCGGAGUGUCAGCGAGGUUAACUCUGACGAUGAUAUCCCUGGCAGUCGGACACUAGCGUCUGUCACUGCAGGCCCUCCUCCUUUAACAUCAGCUGAAUGCCAGAAGCAGGAAGAUGGGGUAGUGGAGAAGGUAGGAGAGGGGGAAGAGGAAGAGGAGGAGGAAGAAGAGGGAUUUACUGAAACAAUGAGGGAGCAGUCGCUGGAUGAGAUGGAGGAGAGUGGACGGAGUGCGACACCUGUCAAUAUAGAGCAGCCAGAAGACUUGAUAGAACAGGAACAGGAGUCUGAAGGGAAUGUCACACUGUCUGAUCUUGCCUCCAAAGCUGAAGAACAGAUCACUCCACCAAUCACUGAAGAGAUGAAGAGUGUCUCAACAGUUCAGAUUUUGGAGUUUCAAAAGGUCAUUGAUGAGCUGUCAGGUCGCCUUGAGAAGAGAGAGUCUCAGCUGCUGGCAGUCAGCAAAGACAAGGCCGGGCUGGAGGAGCAGUGUGAUAAUCUAAAAGAUGAAGUGAUAAGCCUGAAGGAGGAGAGCUCCACUGUUCAGUCCCUGAAGGAUGAGUUCACCCAGCGCAUAGCAGAUGCAGAGAGGAAGGCUCAGCUGGCCUGUAAAGAGAGAGACAUAGCCAAGAAGGAAAUAAAGGGCUUGCGAGAAGAGCUUUCGACAAGACUUCACUCCAGUGAUACAUUGGAGCUCAUCAAAGAGAAGGAAGAGCAGAUCAGAGGCCUGCUGGAAGAAGGGGAAAAGUUGUCCAAGCAGCAGCUGCAGCACAGCAACAUCAUCAAGAAACUGCGUGUGAAGGAGAAGGAGAGCGACUCAAGACUCAUCAAGCAACAGAGGAAAAUCAAGGAGCAGGAGGAGGAGCUCAGGCAACUGCAGCAGGUUCUAGAUGGGAAGGAGGAGGUGGAGAAACAGCACAGGGAGAACAUCAAGAAGCUGAACGCUGUGGUGGAGCGGCAGGAGAAGGAGCUGAGCAGGCUGCAGAUGGACUCUGAGGAGCUGCAGGAGAAGAACAGGAGCGUCCAAGCUGCUCUGGACAACUCAUACAAGGAGCUGGCAGAACUUCACAAGGCGCAUGUGAGCAGAACUAGCGAGGCCGAAGAAGCAGCUAUGAGCAGGGAAACGCAGGCCAAGGGGCAGCUGAGCCUGGCUAUGGAGAAGGCCCAGGAGGAGGCCAGGAUGCAACAGGAGGCUCUUGCCAAUCAGGUGGCUGACCUGAGAGUGGCUCUGCAGAGGGCUGAGCAACAACAAGGAAGGAAAGAAGAUUAUUUGAGGGAGGAGAUCAGCGAGCUGCAGCAGAGGCUUCAGGAGGCCGAGACCAGGAACCAGGAACUCAGUCAGAGCGUUUCCUCGGCAACACGGCCCCUACUACGACAGAUUGAGAACUUACAGGCCUCGUUGGGCGGACAGACGGCAUCCUGGGAAAAACUGGAGAAGAACAUAUCUGACAGGCUUGCGGAUGCCCAGACACAGCUGGCUGUGGCCGUGGAGAAGGAGCGAUCAGCAACAGAAGACCACCUGACCAUCAAGUCCCAGCUGGCCUCUCUGGAGUCCCAGAAUUCCCUGUUCCGCCAGGAGAAGGCCCGACUGCUAGCACAGGUGGAUGCUGAGAAGAACAAGAGAGAGAAACUGGAGGACGAGAGCAGCAGGGAGCACGUUGAUUUGGAAAAUCUGCGAGGAGAACACAUCCGCAUGCUAGAGGAGGCCAAGAAAGAAAAGCUGCUGCUGACCAAUCAAUUAGAGAUGGAGAAGAUGAAGGUGGAGCAAGAGAAGAAGAAAUGCUACUUGGCACAUGAAGCGCUCAAGGAAAAGGAGCGGAAGGUCAUGACCCACUCUGUAGGAGAGCCCCCGGCCUCCUCCACACCCUCCCUGUCCCGCUCUAGCUCCAUCAGUGGGGCAGACAAUGCUGGUUUACACUCUUCUAUUCUAUCACAGGACGACUGUUUAGACCACUCUCUGAGUAACAUGACCAUGUCUAUGUCGAUGAGCGGGACCAAUCUGUACGAGGCCGCCAGGCUGUCUGGAGGCUCCAGCAUCAUAGAGAACCUCCAGUCUCACCUCAAACUCAGAGAAGGAGAAAUAGCACAAAAUCAGCUUGAGAUCUCCAGUCUAGAGAGGAGUCGCUCUGUGAUGGCAGAGGAGCUGGUCCGACUCACCAAUCAAAACGAUGAGAUGGAGGAGAUGGUGACGGAGAUCCCCAAGUUGAAAGCUCAACUCAAGGAUCUGGCGCAGCGGCACAACACAAUCCUGCAGAUGUAUGGAGAAAAGGCUGAAGAGGCAGACGAGCUCAAAUUGGACCUUGAAGAUGUGAAGAACAUGUACAAAACCCAGAUUGAUGAACUGCUGAAGAACCAGAAAUAAACCGUUUUUACGGAGCUGUGUCACUUCUGGGACACUCACAAACAAACCAAUCGACCGUCUUAGCCACACAUGAAUUCACAGAAAAAGAAUAGGGCAGAUAAUUUAAGUUGAAUCACUGUGUCAAACGAAAACGCUUUCAUCUUUAUCUACUAUUUUAAUUAAUUAUCACAUACUAUAUUUAAGUGGGGAUGAUGGGAUUAUGCAUAACAUACCAUUCAUUGUUACAGAAUCAGUAUGAAGGAUAGCCACAGUUUGUGAUUCCAUUUGAAAUAUUUGGAACAAACUUUGCUUUAGUCAUCAUUUCUCAUGAAUAAACCUUUUACAUAGUAUUGUAUAGACAGUUUAUAACUAGGAUAUGGUCAAGGCUUUUUGCACUACACAAAUUCAUCCUUGUUUAUUUCUUCAUGCAUAAUCAGAAUGUUUUAAGAAAUAUCUAUAAAAAUGUUGUACAGAGAAAUGUAUGUAUUGUUUUUAACUCCUUGCAAAUCACAAAAUGUGGUGUAGACCUGAGAGUAGUAGUCUGUGAUUGAACUCCCAAGAGAGAAAAAAUGGAUUUUAAAUCUUAUAAAUAUGUAAAUGAAUAAACAUUUAUUUGGGUGGUGAAAAGAA